AUGACAAGGCCCCGUGUCAACCAGAAGGCGCUUUCCUCAUAUGGGUACUGUCGCUUGAUUCCUGUCUACAAGCUUCGCCAAGGGAAAGAGGCGAACAAGUCUAUCUGCCAUGAGAAGUGA